GUAAAACAUCCGAUUCGGUGCAGCGCAGUGGUACUUAAUUCGACUCAAUUGAUAGAGUAAUCAAAUAUUCCCAAUGUAUUUGGGAUGUUGACGGUGCGUGCGCGCGUUUUAUGGAGUUGACGGCAUUAGCGCGUGACACAGUUACGAAGCCGUUGCAUUCGUCGUGAUCGGUCACGGUUGUUAUGCGCCCGUCGAAAUAUAUCAUCGGUUCGGGCAGCUCGAUAGUUGUAACCUUGAGUAUAUUCACGAUCACGAACCAGCACCGUAGGUAAGGAUCGAGAAUUUCGAGUCUCGAUCAGCGAAUCCGCACAGAGUCCCGCGGAUCUGUUGGACCGCGCGAGGGGCGCGAUAGAGGCGCGGAAGUGUCAGUAAAGAAGCUGGAGCUGACCUAAGAUGCGAACAUCCGUGAACGUUGAUGUGCUCGCAUUAUUGGGAAUUCAUCUGCUGUAUUGGCUCUCGGACACGGUAGCGGCCAGUGGCGGAGCUCUCGAUUCUACCCCAGCUUUCCAAACCAGUGCCUCGAGCACGCCGUCACAUUCCAAGAUAGCAGCGUUCUCCGCUACCCUUACCGAUGGGCUGGCCCAAGCAGUGGCUCACGAAUCCGCUUGCAUCACGAUGGCCUCUCACGAUCGACUAGGCUUGGAGGCCAUCAAGUCUCUCCACAGUCAAUUGGACGACGAUGCCAAUGGGAACGUCGAUCUGUCCGAGUCGGACGAUUUUUUAAGGGAAGAGCUGCAGUACGAAGCUGGUUACGAAAGGAGACAAAGAGCUUUCCAUCACAAUGACGACAUGCACAUUAGCGUACGAGAACUUUGGGAAGCCUGGUUACGAUCCGAAGUUCAUAAUUGGACUAUAGAGCAAACAUCGGAAUGGCUUACUUUCAACGUCGAGCUUCCUCAAUAUGUUCCUACUUUUAUACAGCAUCGUGUAACUGGUGCUACGCUUCCUCGAUUGGCUGUGAAUAAUAUGCAUUAUCUUAGCAACGUUUUGGGUAUUAAAGACCCUAUUCAUAAGCAAAAAAUUGCCUUAAAAGCAAUGGAUGUUGUUCUGUUCGGACCUCCCAAAGAUUCGGGGCACAGCAUCAAAGAUCUGGUAUUGGUUAUAUUAUUGUUCGGCGCCCUUAUUGGCUGCUGGUACGCGUACCAACAAAAGAAAAACUCGCAGAAGCACCUUCACAAAAUGAUCAGGGAUAUGGAGAGCUUGCACAAAGCGGAACUGGCGCUGGAAAAUUUACAGAAAGAGUUGGAGAGAGCGAGAAUGGAACAGGAAAGUGCGACCAACGAGAAGCAACAUUUGGAAAAACGUUUGCAAGAUGAAAGCUUGGGAUUGCACACCUCGUAUUCGGAUCUCGAGGUGUCGCAACUGAAAGCCGAGAUCGAGAUGCUAAAGUUAGAGUUACAACGUGCGGAGGGUGAACUGGAGGACAGAUGCUGGUCGCCACCGGCUGGACUGCAACACUGGCUACAAAUGACUCAUGAAAUCGAGAACAAAGCGUAUACGAACAAGAAGAUAGCAGCUGAGAAACAACUGCAACAAGCGCGGGAAGCGUGCGAGAAAUUGCGAAAGAAACGUUCCAGCCUAGUUGGUGCCUUUGUUUCGACUCAUGGAAAGUCGAUUGACGAGGUUGAUAAGAGCAUCGUUGAAGCGAGGACUGCACUGAACGAGGUGACGAACGAACUGAAAGAAAGGGUGCAUCGUUGGAAGCAGAUCGAACUGCUGUGUGGUUUCAAUAUAAUCAACAAUAACGGCUUGAGCUAUCUAGAAACCGUCUUGUACAGGGGGACGCCUAACGGCAGGGGCCUUGGACUCAGAGGACGACUCAGUAGUCAGGAUGAUUUAGACGACGAGGCAAGUUCAGUGUACGCGUCGUCGUCAAUCAGUGCAAUCGCUGCAGGUGUUUUGGAGAGUUCAACGUGGAAGGAGUCAUCGGCACCGCCCGGUGGACGAUUUGGAAACGAGCUGUCCGAUUCUUCGAGCAGUGAAGCGGAGAAAGAAUCGCACGGAAUCGUCCACUUUGUUCUGGGCGACGGACCAGAAGAGCCUGCUGCAGCCUGUGGAAAGACUGUUCCAUGCAAAGACAAGUCCGGUAUCGUGCGUUCUUACAGCCAGGACACGAAUAUGCUGUUUAACGAGGAUAGGACCACUUUUCUGCCAAAAACAUCGUAUUCGGAGAACUCACUCGACGUUUCGGACACAUCGAAUCGUCCUGCUUUGACUGCAGCUUUGACAACGACGACGACGACGACGACAACGAGAGACGUGAAGAAACCGCUUCGAGAAUUGCCUACGGUAAUGUCAGUCGAUGACGAGACGCUCUCAACCGAUUCCAAUUCCACCGCUGACAACGAUGAGCUUAAACGAAGGCGCAGAAAGUUACACUUUCCAGCCUUUAGGAAGAACAAAGCUAAAGUUACGUGAUAUCCGCUAGUCACAUAAUCUCUCUCGUUUGUUACUUAAUUUCUCUAUCUGUUACAAUUAGUUACAAUCGCAAUGUGCACUUAAGGAUUAUUUUAUCAGUAAUUAAAAAUUAUUAUUAGUUGGUGUUAUUUACGUAACAUGCGCGUACACACACACACCUCUCUCUCUUUCUCUCUCUCGGUUUUCUUCCUCCACGCGUAUAGACGGAAAUGUAAUGAUCGGUCAGGAUGUUGUCCCAGUGUUCCUUCUACUUUGCCAAAUUUGCCUACGUGUAAGAUAGCAAUGAAAUAUGAAUCGGCGGAUACAUAGAGGCAUCCGAUCUAGAUAGAGUUUUACGAAUCGCAACGUUGAAAGUUCUAUAUUUAUAACAAUAUUUAUAUAUAAAUAUAUUUUUCUCUUCUGUACGUAUGUACUUUGGCGGACUAAACGUUUUCAAGUGACAAACUUUAUAAAGUAAGACUUUUCACGAUGACACUAGAGUAUUAUAGAAUUAUCGUCAGCGUGAUCUCUUUUCUUUUACGGCUACGUAAUUCCGAUUAGAUUUAGUCGUCGUUUGGCUAUCGGGCUGGGCGGAAAUUUAAUGCUGAAAUUAAUUUCGUCUAUACGUUACUUCCGCGUAUCGAGUUACGUAUAAUGAUACACCGAACUACAUCGCGCGACAAGAAUUAUUCUCGUGAAAUGAUCCAAUUUAUCAUUGUUAACUUUCGUACCGUCCGUAUAUACUGGCAAUAAGUGUGAGUUACUUUGGCACUUUGGCAAAGCGAAAACGUUACGAAUUUUAUACAUUUGUACGACGUGUAUUUUUGUAAGUAGAUUGUAAAAUAUCGUAUGCGAUCUUGAUGCGCGCGAGCGUUCAAGAUCGCAGCUGUCGCCAUGAAAUCUUCUCUGCACUUGGCAGAAAAAUAUUCUAACGAGAGUAUUGUUGGGAUUCCUUUCUACUUGCGAAUCCCUCAAACUCUCUCUCUCUAGCAAUCAAAGUAAUCGUUUGCGAUGCGAACUUUUGAAACUCUACAAAAUUGUAAAUAACAUGAAAUAUUCACUUGACAAACUUUCACGCAUAUACCCGACAACUGCAGUCAUGUGCACAAUUUUCAACAAUUUGCGAAUUUCAGUCUCAGGACGAGAAAAAUUUUAAUUAAAAUGUUAUUUAAUUUGCUUUUUCUUUUCUCCCUCCGCCAUUGGUAUUAUACUCAACUCUGAAUCGAGUGGGAUCUAUAGGUACCUUAUGGGGCUUGUAUAUUUUUUCACCACUACUUCAUAUUUGCGAACACAUACCCAACAUACACCUAAAUGAAAUUACGUAACAGCUUUCCAAGCAUGUUUGUUUGCAGAUAAUAUUGGUUACUUUAUUUUAAAUCGUUUAUGUUAUCGUUAAUAAUUGAAAGCCUCUUCGAUGUUUUUUGUUUUUGUAGUAUACUUAAAUACGCUCAAGUCAGUCGCAUUUCUGUGUUGUCAUUAUAUCGACCGGCAUUAUAUCAUAAAUCUUUAUGAACGAAAUUAUCUCGAUACUUCGAGUGAUUUCGGUAAAGAAUGUACAAGUCUCGUGACCAGGUUGACACAUUUAAAUCACCAGAUUCAAAGACCCGAAUCAUUUUUUAUGGACACUCGUUACCCUUUUAUAAAUAAACGAUACAGGAGAACAAAGUGUGUCAACUUUGCCACAAUAUAGGAUUUUCGUAAAUAUAAAUAAGAGUAAAAAUGGUUGCUAACUCCCCCGGAUAAUGUUCUUCCUUGACUUGGAAGAUUUUUCAAGCAACGAGUUUCUAUUUACAAAGGACAGUUUCUAAGGCUAUGUAUCCUGCUAUGUGUUAUUUUUUAGACAAACGAUAGAUCUGAGACCUUUGCUACCCGCUAGUUAAGCAAAUAUGAGAUCGUUAUUUCAAGGGUUUGUUCCGCUCUUCCGCGUCACGCAAAUCUCGUAGAAACGUGAAAGUUGAAUAUAUUUUAGACAAGGAAUAGACAUUUUUAAUUGAUCGUAUUUUAAAUUAUUAUUAUUAUAUUCUUAGAGUACACAAUAUAUAUAUAUAUAUAUAUAUAUAUAUAUAUAUAUAUCGCGAUGUCGCGUGCGAAUGCAGCGUCUGUAAUGUAAAUGCGAAAUUUUACAAAAAUAAAUAAAUAAUGUUGAAACAAA